AUGUGGUGUUCAGAACAUGAGCCACCUACACCUCAUCUGGAGUUUGAGAGAAAAUCAUCACAGAUAUUCAGAGGAGAUACUGUCAAACUCGAAUGUGACAUAGAUGGGGACAAUUGGACAUACACAUUGCAGUGUGGAGAUAAAAAGUACAACUCUAAAGAUGAAAAUGAUUUCGAGAUCACUGUAGAGCUCACACAGUCCUGCAAGUGUAAAGUCUGCAGAGGAUCAGUCUGCUCUGAAUGGAGUAAUGCUGUGAAUCUGACUGUUUCAGACAAUCCCAUUGUAACUGUAAAGCCCCAGAGUUCAGUGUUCACUGGAGACACAGUUACUCUGAUCUGUGAUGUGAGACGGUCAACUGGACGAACAAUUUACUGGUUCAAGAACUAUAACAGAACAAAAGCUGUUUCUGCAACAGUAACACUGAGAGAAGUGAGAGUCUCUGAUGGAGGAAGAUAUUCGUGUGCCGUACAAAAUAAAACCACACAAAGCCAAGGAGUCGAGCUAACAGUAAGAGAGAGACCCAAGCCUGUAGUGCGUGUCCAGCCUGAUGGACGUGUGUCCAGAGGACAGACAGUCACUCUCUCGUGUGACAUACAGCAAACAGACGUCAUCAACUGGAGAUACAGCUGGAAUAAAGAUAAUUCAGAGAUUCAUGUCAGUCAGUCUCAGGAAUACCGAAUCAGUUCUGUUAAUGAAUCUCACACAGGUGAUUACAGCUGCACUGGAAGAGAAACAGGAGGAUCACGAUACUCACACACCAGUGAUAAAGUUACACUCACUGUAUCAGGAAAGGAGAGUUGUGACACUGUUUACUCCAAACUGAAGAUUAAAGGUGAAGUAAACUAA